CCGAGAUCUUAAGGCAACACUGGCGUUCCAUAUUAGGUUUGGGAUUUAAUCGUUGUUAAACUGGUUCUCACAACAAUAGGGGAUGGAGUUAAGAAACAAAAACACCAAUGGUAGGCCUAAUUUGGUCCUUGAGGAAGAGUAUGAUGAAAAUUAUCAACCCAGUGAGGAGGAAGUUUGUGAUUAUGCGCAAAUUAUUCGGAUUGAUCCUAAAACAGAGCCCCACCUGAUUUACAUCGCUAGGAAGGGGAUAUGUGCCCCUCUACCAGACGACUGGAAACCAUGUCAAGGUCCACAUGGAAACAUAUACUAUUUCAAUUUUGCUACUGGAGAGAGUAUUUGGGAUCACCCCUGUGAUGAGUUAUACAGAAAAAUGGUCAUGGAGGAAAGAAAGAAACUGUUAAUAAAUAGAAAAGGUCCCAAAGCAUGCAGCGGUCCCACGGCAGGAAAAGCGCCAGGGGCAAAUAAAGAAAAUAAUUUCAAAUCAAAAGAAGAAAAGAUAAAAGAGAAGACCAACGAAACUGCAGAAAAGGUGGAUGAAGGUUUGAAUGCAAAACACUCACAACGAAUGAACGAGAAAAGAACUGCGAUCAGUGAUAGGCCUGAUUUGGUCCUUGAGGAAAAAUAUGAUGAAAAUUAUCAACCCAGUGAGGAGGAAGUUUGUGAGUAUGCACAACUUAUUGGGAUAGAUCCUAAAACAGAGCCCCACCUGAUUUACAUCGCUAGGGAGGGGAUAUGUGCCCCUCUACCAGACCACUGGAAACCAUGUAAGGAUUCACAAGGAGAAAUAUACUACUUUAAUUUUGAUACUGGAGAGACUAUAUGGGAUCACCCUUGUGAUGAGUUAUACAGACAAAAGGUCAAAGAGGAAAGGGCGAAACCAUCAAGGAAUUGUAAAGGUUCCCAAGCACGUGGCGGUCUCACUGCAGGAAGAUCUGCAGAUAAUUACAUGCUACAAAAAGCCAUAAAAACUUGGACAAAUAAAGAAAAUGGUUACAGGAUAGAUGGAGAAGAGAAAAAAGAGAAGAAAAACAAAACUGCAGAAAAGGUGGAUGGAGGUUUGAACGCAAAACACUCACAACAAAUGAAUGAGGAAAAAACUGUGAUCAAUGAUAGGACUGAUUUGGUCCUGGAGGAAAAACAUGAUGAAAAUUAUCAACCCAGUGAAAAGGAAGUUUGUGAGUAUGCACAAAUUAUUGGGAUAGAUCCUAAAACAGAGCCCCACCUGAUUUACAUCGCUAGGGAGGGGAUAUGUGCCCCUCUACCAGACCACUGGAAACCAUGUAAGGAUUCACAAGGAGAAAUAUACUACUUUAAUUUUGAUACUGGAGAGACUACAUGGGAUCACCCUUGUGAUGAGUUAUACAGACAAAAGGUCAAAGAGAAAAGGGCGAAACAAUCAAGGAAUUGUAAAGGUUCCCAAGCACUUGGCGGUCCCACUGCAGGAAGAUCUGCAGGGGAAAAUAAAGGAAAUGGUUACAGGGCAGAUGGAGGGGAGAAAAAAGAGAAGGAAAACAAAACUGCAGAAAAGGUGGAUGGAGCUUUGAACGCAAAACACUCACAACAAAUGAAUGAGGAAAAAACUGUGAUCAAUAAUAGGACUGAUUUGGUCCUGGAGGAAAAACAUGAUGAAAAUUAUCAACCCAGUGAAAAGGAAGUUUGUGAUUAUGCAGAAAUUAUUGGGAUUGAUCCUAAAACAGAGCCCCACCUGAUUUACAUCGCUAGGGAGGGGAUAUGUGCCCCUCUACCAGACCAUUGGAAACCAUGUCAAGAUUCAGAAGGAGAUAUAUACUACUUCAAUUUUGCUACUGGAGAGAAUAAAUGGGAUCACCCCUGUGAUAAGUUAUACAGAGAAAAGGUAAAAGAGGAAAGGGCGAAACUCUCAAUGAAUAGAAAAGGGGCAAGUAAAGGAAAUAGUUACAAAGCAGAUGGAGGGAAGAAAAAAGAGAAGAAAAACAAAACUGCAGAAAAGGCAAACGAUGCCAAACUACAAAGACUGGAGGAACUGCUUAAAAUAAAGAGAGAAUUAGAAAAGGAGAGGAAAUUAAUGAAGGACAAAGAUCAACAAGUCAAGUAGGUGUCAGUAAACUCAGUGGAGUUUAUCAUCUCUGAGAAGGCAGAGGCUCGAAUCUUGAGGAGACAUCUGGAUGAUAUUGAGGAAUGUGGGGAAAGGACAGACGCAGAAAACGUGCAUGCUGCAAAACGUAUUUUUUUUCGAAUGGAAAUAAUACCGGCAAUAGUGUGCUAGCUAAAUAUUUGAUUUUAGUUGUAUUUAUGACACUUUGUUGUUGUUUUAACUCUAUGAUAAAAUUAAGUUAAAUGUUGGCUUUUUCUUAAUUUUUAUAAAAUGAAUGACUGACAAGUUACUUCACGUGUACCAUGCACGGAUCGAAAAGGAUCGGGGUCCAUCCUUGAAACUCAAACUUCUUAAUUUCAUUGUAAAUUAACAGAAAAAAUGCCUCAGACUCCUCACUCCUCCCGGAAAACAAAAUUAUCACUUGUCCCCCUGGGCAACUUUUCUAGACCGCCCAUGCCUGCAUUAUGCCCACAGAGAGAAGUUUUGUACUGUUUAGCAUACAGGCGUCUGAUUAGUCAGGACAGUUAUUACUCCUAUAGAAGUCCUUAUUGUAUUGUUUAUUAAUACCAAGAACGAUUCAUUGGUCUAACGUAUAUACAUAAAUAAGUUGCACAAACAUGUAGAUAUUUUUAAAAGUCACGAUCUUAAAUUAGUCUGCGGGAUAGCAGUGUAUAUAUAGUACAAUGACAAUGGUAAAACAGAGAUUAUACAUAUUCUAGUAAAUAGGAAAAUGGAGAGCAUAUUCUCAAGACAAAACAAAAAUAGUAUGAUAUUGUUAUCUUAAUUUUAAGCGUUUAUAAAGGUAUUUGCACAAAUUACACAACUCUUUGAUAUUCUUUGUUGGCAGUAAUUAAAUGAGUUCAAAGACAGAAUUCAAAGUGUUAUCAUAAUUGUGAUAUUGCAAUUGAACAUAGUUUUCAAACUCUCUCGUUUCUUUGGAUAUUAUAAAACCUACCACGCUCAAUCUCAAGUUGAUGAGAAGAUAAACGAUAUUUACUUAUUAUAAACUAUACAUGUACAUUUGUUAUUGGUUUUUCAAAUAUUCUUUCAAUUCUUGUGAAUUCAUUUGGAAAGAUUUAAUUAGUUUUCUGUGAUGAUGGAAACUAACAGCUUAUACGUGUUGAAUAUAUGUAUACAUUUUGACAAUCAGGUUUACGGUGUGAUUUAUAUUUAAACAUGUAUGUGUGUAUCUCAAAUACGUUUUCACAUUUUCCAACAUAAUCAAUGUAUGUGUAUAUUUGUUUCAAAAGAAAAGUUAUAAUGUUUUGAAAAAUAUGCAUCAUAUUUUGUCAGCAGAUUAAAAUUAAAAAUCAAAAUAUA